AAGUUUUACAAGUGGAGGACUUCGAUUCAGGGAUGCUUAUUUAUCCGACGGUCGCGCGUUUGUAGCCGAUCGAUCUCUUUCUUUCGUCAAACCAAAAAAAAAAAGAAAAAGGAAGAAGAAGAAUAGGCAAGAACAGAUGGAAGGAAGAAAAAUAGGUGGGAAGGUGGAGUAGAGAUCGCGGUAACGUAGGCCGCUCGCUCACCAAAGAUUGGAUGCAGCCGAAGUCAUGUGCCGGAAAACAUACCUUUCUAUUUACUCGUUUCUUCAAGACACGAUAAAGCAAGCACGAGUUUGGGUGGCUCAGCUCAGUCUUCGUACUCAUCAUAUCGACUCUUUUCUUUGUCCAUGACAAACGCUCACGCGUGCUUUGCACCUCUUAAAUAAUUGCCAAUGACAUGAGAUUGGUUUGGCACAGCUUUCUAUCGGGAGGUGUCGAGGACAUAAGAUCAUAAGAUUAUGUUUCACUUAACCUUCGGAUGCAAUUGCGAUUCUCGACAAAGGUCGUAUUUUCAUGACUUACUAAUGAAAUGCAUCGCGCGGCCCCAAUCUCCCUUCAAAUGUCACAUGUCGAGCUAAACCAUGUUCGAAGUCCCUCUUAAAUUAUUUUCCUUUCACGGUUGUCAUCGGCAUUAUGGAGGACUUACGCUUAGGGAAGAAUCGAACGCCACCAGCCGCCUCGGAGUGAAUCCAUCAUUUCAUUUAUUGGACUUCGACGAAUUCUUUUUCCUUAGGGAUUUUUAUUUGUGAAUAACUUGAUGGUAUGCUUCUUAUUUACAUACAUAGAUCGAUCCCGUUCGCUCAGUCAAUACUCCCUUUUGUACUUCGAUUCCCACCCUUUCAGAUAUCGUGUUGGACGAUGACCUACUGGAUGCCCCUUUAACCGCAUUUCCCAGCAUUUCUACUUCCUCACCAAGAAUACAUCCUUCGACAACUCAUCUGCAAGCCAAGGAGGGAAGAUAUAUUGCUGCCAACAGCAUUCAUUCUUGAUUUCCGCUUUCUACAAGUUUCUUUCUUUUGAGUAGGUGACUACCUGAUCUCCCCUGUUACCACCAACUCUCUUGGUUCGAUUGCUUCCCCUGCCCUGCUGCCCUUCCGAUAAUGUUUUUUGCAAAUGUUGUUGCAUCACGAAAAACCGUGCUCUGGCUUCCAAGAGCUAUUGUGCCAAAGGUCAAUAUGGAUAUGUGAUGCUUUCGAGCAGAAGAAUGAUAUUGCAAAAGCUGUUGUAGAGGAGCUCGAAAAUGUUAUGUCGGCUUAUGGCUAUGAAAUUGUGCAGACAACAAGUGUUGACAUUGAGCUUUGGCUGUGUCAACAAUUAAUGCAGAAAUCUGCUAACGAUAGAGGGUAUAAUUAAGGAGAAGGAGAACCUGUAUUGGCUGUGAAUUCUCCACUGAUUUCUGAACCGGCACCAGUGAGUGGACUUAAUCUCAACUUUGGACAAGGAGGAACCAUCAAAAUUAGGUGCUAUUGCACUGGUCACUUCACACGUAAGUCAAGCAAUCAUAGAAUCCACCUCAUCAAAAGAAACUAACAAUGGUAUAGAAGAGCAGGCUGCUACAAAGGCACAGGCAGCCUUCCGUGGUUAUCUGGCAUGCAGGGCCUUUCGUGCCCUGAAAGGUAUUAUCAGGUUGCAGGCGCUAAUUCAUGGGCAUCUGGUUAGAAGACAAGCUGUUGCAACUCUACAUGCUAUGGAGGGAAUUGUCAAGUUACAAGCAGUAGCCCAGGGAAGAAUUGUUAGAUGUACCUUUACUGGACUUAAAGUUGCUAAGAGUUCAGUCAAGCGAAGACUGUGGUUUCAGAAGAUUUUGUCCGAAGAAAUACAUGAUGGUGUGGGUGAUGAUACUGCAGAACUAGGCCAGCCAUCUUCUAGUCCAAGUGAAACAUCACAGAACAAUUUAAAGUCAAAGGUGCUAUUUAUCAGCAGUCAUCCGUGGGGGAGCAGAGGAGCAUUACGAGGCAGCGCACACAAGCAAUUAGGAGGAGGAGAGCCUUCAGAGGCCGUGUGAGACGGUGGUGCAGGUGGCGCCAACGCAAGCAGAAAGGCCGGCGGUGGAGCUCUUUGUUGCUGCUACUGCCUGCUCGUGGUAAUUAAGAUGGAUACGGCUUUGUCGGCACGAAGAGAACUUUCACAGGCGGACGAUCCGAGGGAUCGUUCGAACGAGGAGAGUAGUUGAAAUGUCAAGGCGAGGCAGUUUGGUGAUGGCAACGGUCGAGCGGCUCAGCCCCGUCCCAUUCAAUUGGCUAAUGCUCUGUCGCCGCCUGUUUGUUCUUAAGUGCACCACGCUAGUGGAAGAAUGAGAAACUUGGCUUUCUUCUGCUGUGGUUAGUAGGAGCAGUAGUUGGUGUCUGGAUUAUGUUUUGCUUACUACAUCUGUUACGGUGAGGAUGCCCCCUCCUUUCUUUA